AUGGGAGUAGAACUCGGAGGACCAGGGGUAGACCACUCCCACCCCGGCUACCCUCAUCGUCCCAUGAACCCGGUAUUGGCGACACCUCUGUUUGUCCUCAGCGGGGCCUUCACCGUUCUAUUCCUGUGUCGGAUGGUCAUAAGGGUUCAGCAUCGCCGUCGUUUACGUGAGAUUCUUCAGACAGAUGACCAGAGCAAGUUCUCGCGGACCAGCACCAUCUUUGCCUGGAUCAAGAAGCAUGUCCUCUAUGCACCGUUGUUUUACAAACGGCACAGUCGCGAAUUUCGACUGCUCAACAGGAUUCAUAUGGGAAGCAUACCCUUACGACUGGAGGCUACGUUACUUCUGGGAUAUAUCACGACCAACCUGCUUUUCUUGUUCGUCCUAGUCGACUGGUGGACGGACUAUCAAGAAAAGAUGUACCAAUUGAAAUAUGCCGCCGGACAUCUAGCAGUAAUGAACUCACCUGCGCUGGUCUUGACCGCGGGUCGGAACAAUCCCCUCAUCCCACUUCUGGGCAUUCCAUUUGACACUUUUAAUCUCCUGCACCGCUGGGUCGGACGGGUGAUGAUUGCUGGGGCCCUUAUUCACAUGGGUUGUGUCAUUGGGGCGCAGGCCACGCAGGUAUCUAUGGACGCGAUCACGAACGAACUUUGGAGUCAUCCUUUCUAUGUAUAUGGAAUGAUUGCUCUUAUUGCAUUUGUAGUUAUUUUCUUUCAAUCAGUAUCACCAAUUCGGCAUGCAUUCUACGAAGCCUUUCUUCAUUUUCAUAUAUUCCUCGCAGUCAUGUCAUUUGUUGGGCUAUGGUAUCAUCUUCGUGGCUUGGCCCAGCAGAGGGUUCUUUUGGCUACGUUGAUCCUUUGGGGUCUUGAUAGGAUUGCACGUCUCGUCAGCAUUAUCUGGAGGAAUUGCGGCAAACAGCGUACUUCUGCUACCGUUGAACUAUUGCCUGGAGACGUCGCCCGUGUCGAGGUUGCCGUGUCGCGUCCCUGGAAAUUCAAGGCCGGACAGUAUAUGUACCUCUAUAUCCCGUCGCUAGGACUAUGGACCUCGCAUCCAUUCUCCGUGGCAUGGACAUCUUCAGAUCGGAUGACUACUAGCGAAAAGCGCGAUUCGAGCGACUCGUUCAAUGUCUUGCUGGGGGGACCGCAGCGGACUACCAUGUCAUUCCUGAUCAAGCGGCGAGAUGGAUUUACAAACAAGCUCUUGAGGAGGGUUCACAGCUCUGAGGAAGGGAAGUUCAACGCGACUGCGUUGGCAGAAGGGCCAUUUGGGGGGCUUCACUCUCUUGCCUCUUAUGGUACGGUACUGCUCAUAGCAGGGGGAAUAGGGAUAACUCACCCACUUUCUUACCUGCGUGAGUUUGCCGAUGGCUUUUCCGACCGGUCGAUGGCGGUGCGGAGAGUCACCUUGGUAUGGGUUGUGCGCCACCUAGAACAUCUGGACUGGAUCCAGCCGUGGAUGGCCUCUCUACUCGACCAUCCAGCCGUCGAAGCCCCGAACGAGCGCAAGCAAACCUCAUACUUUCAGCUUCCCGAGUUUUCAUUAUCAAUUCAAGUGUACGUGACAGCGAAAGGGUAUACCACAGACGAAUACUUAUCCGACGAGAGUCCCUGGACCAAAUCACCACCAUCAACAGUGUCUAUUAGCAUCAAGUACGGCAAACCAUCGUUUGCGGAAGUGUUAGAUGUCGAGAUGGCGCAACAAGUCGGUGCGAUGGCCGUCAGUGUUUGCGGCCCGGGGGGACUGGGCGACGACGUGAGACAGGCCGUUCGAGAACGUCAGAACGGGCAGUUGGUCGAUCUUUAUGAGGAUACAUUUUCCUGGUAG